CUUUUACCUAUAAAAACCAGACACUAGCUUUCGUGCCAAUUGCCUCAUUACUCAUCGCUCACUACUAUUACUACUACUAGCUACUAGCUACUAGCUCAGAAUAAGAACGAUGGGUAGAGGUCCUCGGUGUUCUAAGGAUGGACUCAACAAAGGGGCUUGGAUGGCAGCCGAAGACAAAUUGCUCUUGGAUUACAUCAAGAACCACGGUGAAGGCAAAUGGAGCAAUGUUGCCAAAGAAACAGGUCUUAAGAGAUGUGGGAAGAGCUGCCGGCUUCGGUGGAUGAACUAUCUGAGACCAGAUAUUAAGAGAGGCAGCAUUUCAGAUGAUGAAGAAGAACUAAUCAUCAGACUCCAUAAGCUCCUAGGCAACAGAUGGUCUCUGAUCGCAGGAAGACUUCCCGGGCGAACAGACAAUGAAAUCAAGAAUUACUGGAACUCCAACUUAGCCAAGAAAAUGGCACAAGCUCAAAGUUCAUCUCAGUCCAAAUGCAAUAAUGUCAUUGUCCAGCAAAUCCCUGACCAGGCGCAGCCGCAGCAGCAAUGCAGUAGGGUCAGCACUGUCGUUCCCCCACGGCCACCUACUAGUACUACUGCUGCAGCUAGUCCACUUCCUCAUAGAACCCUUGAUGACUUCUCUAAUAAUGUGGCCAUCAAUAAUACCAACGACUUGGUCAAGGCUGUUAAUUCUGUCGACUCACGAAUCUCCAGCGAAGAUGUUUCACUAUCUACAGCAACCACUACUAAUACUACUAGCGAUGGUGAUGAUCAGUUAGGAAGUUCGCCAACGAAUUUUAUGAUGGAUUUCAACACUGACGAUCACGAGGACUUCUGCAAAAUACUGGACUGUGACUUUGCAAAUCUGAACAAUGCCAUUGAUGGAGAUGAUGAGCAUCAAGGUAGUCCGGUUUUAGUACUACCUAAGCAGAUGAUGGACAAAAAUAUUCAAGCUGCUGAUUUUGGGUCCUUGGCUUCAUUUCUGGAGUCUGAUGAGGAUUGGCUUGGGAAUGAUCUAAAUGUCAUGUUGAGUUAAUUAGCUUUGAGGGUGCACGGUCUCAUGUGUGCCCUACAGUGCUUCCUAUGAUUAGCUGCUAGAUCCAGUAAUUAGCUAUAUUUAUGUUCUAGCUAGGUACGGCUCAUGUUUAGUUAAUACCGUGUGAAUAAAACCUAAUAAUAACUGCCUCCAUAUCCAACCAA